AAAAAAAAAUUCGACAUGCUGCUCACCACCACGCGGUCCACGCGUCGUCCGCUACGUAAGAUCCGCACUUUUCCGUAGAUAACGAUAUCUCGUAGACGAAUCUAAGCGCUGAUGAAAGCGCCACGUGAUUAAAGUCCAAAAUCAUGCUCGGCACGUUGGCAACUGCUCGCAUUAUCUUCGCGCGGCCGGUGACGCGAACGUGGCUGGUGAGCCACGGGACGGAAUUGCGUCAGACUUCCCCGCGUCGGUUCUCCACGAAGAAUGAGCUGAAAAGGCGGCUCAAGGCCGAGCAGAAGGCCAAGGAGAAGGCCGAGAAGGAGGAGGUCAGGGCACUUGCAGCGGCAACUCAACCCAAAUCCUCUGAGAAAAAGGAUGUCAAGGAGGAAGAAAUUAGUCCAAAUGAAUAUUUUAAGCUUCGGUCGAACUGGGUUAGUCAACUUAAAGCCAUGAAUGACAAUCCUUAUCCACAUAAAUUUCAUGUUUCAAUCUCUCUUGAGAUGUUUAUUGAGAAGUUUAAAGAUGUUGUGAAGGAUGGUGAAAUACUAGAGAAUGAAGUACACAGCAUCGCCGGUCGCGUCCACUCCAUUCGAGGAUCCGGUGCCAAAUUGAUCUUUUAUGAUCUUCGAGGGGAAGGUGUCAAGGUACAAGUGAUGGCCAAUGCAAGAUUAUACGAGAGCGAGGACAAGUAUGUAGCGGAUACUGCAAAAAUUAAGAGAGGCGACAUUAUAGGUAUCAUUGGCAAACCUGCAAAAAGUAAAAAGGGUGAAUUCUCAAUCAUACCACGUUCUAUUACUCUUCUGACUCCAUGUUUACAUAUGUUGCCUCAUCUUUAUUUUGGUUUGAAGGACAAGGAAACAAGAUUUCGACAACGGUAUCUGGAUCUUAUAUUAAAUGACAAAGUUCGACAAAUCUUUUACACACGCGCGAGAAUAAUCGCUUAUAUACGUCGAUACCUGGACGAAAUGGGCUUCCUGGAAGUUGAAACUCCUAUGAUGAACAUAAUUGCCGGAGGUGCAACCGCCAAACCCUUCAUUACACAUCAUAAUGAACUCAACAUGGACUUAUAUAUGAGAAUCGCUCCUGAGUUGUAUCACAAGAUGUUAAUCGUCGGUGGGAUCGACAGAGUGUACGAGAUUGGUAGGCAGUUUAGAAAUGAAGGCAUCGACAUGACUCACAAUCCCGAAUUCACUACUUGUGAAUUCUAUGUUGCAUAUGCUGAUUAUAAUGAUCUAAUGGUAAUGACGGAGAAUAUGGUGUCUGGCAUGGUGCAGGCCAUACAUGGGAGUUAUAAGAUAGAGUAUCAUCCCGAUGGACCAGAAGGCGAAGCGUACACAAUUGACUUCACACCGCCUUUCAAACGCAUCUCGAUGAUGAAAACAUUGGAAGAAGUCUUACAGGUCAAACUGCCCGAAGCUGAUCAGCUAAACACGCCAGAAACAACUAAGCUUCUUAGCGAUCUCUGCGAGAAGCAUGGAAUUGAAUGUCCUCCUCCCAGAACAUCGGCAAGGUUACUGGACAAGCUCGUUGGAGAAUUCAUCGAAGAGACGUGUAUCAAUCCUACCUAUAUCAUUGAUCACCCACAAGUGAUGUCUCCAUUGGCAAAAUGGCAUCGAUCUGAAAAAGGCCUUACUGAACGAUUUGAGUUAUUCGUUAUGAAAAAGGAAAUUUGUAAUGCAUACACUGAAUUGAAUGAUCCGAUCGUUCAAAGAGAAAGAUUCGAACAGCAAGCAAAAGAUAAAGCCGCGGGCGACGAGGAGGCUCAAUUAGUUGACGAAAAUUUCUGCACAGCUUUAGAAUAUGGUUUGCCACCAACGGCUGGUUGGGGAAUGGGCAUUGAUCGACUAACAAUGUUCCUCACCGAUUCAAACAAUAUUAAAGAAGUAUUGUUCUUCCCUCAAAUGAAGCCGGACGAUCCGAACAAAAAUAAGGAAAUGACUGAAGAUGACAAAGCGUCGAACGAUAGUGCAGAAAAGUGAAAAUUUUAAAUUAUAAGAACAAAUAUUUAAAAUUAUUUAAAGAAAAUAAUAAUAAUAAUAAUAACAUAAAACUAAUUAGGAAUGCACUUAAAUAUUUUUUAUCAAAGAUAAGGAUUAUCUGGAUUCAAUAGAAAAUUUACUUACAGAAAAAAAGUAUUUUAUUUUCAAAUUAUAUUAAAAGAAUUAAA